CUCACGUAGUCGGUGGCAGCGGCCUCCCUGCCACCUCCCCCCUAGUGUCUCCGAUGCGGCCAUCGAGUUGCCGAGGGGGCUUCUCCGCCGCCGGAAAGGGUUCUGACCUAUCCAUCUAGCCCCAUGAUGGCUGUGGACAUAGAGUACAGAUACAACUGCAUGGCCCCAUCCUUGCGCCGCGAGCGGUUUGCCUUCAAGAUCUCCCCCAAGCCCAGCAAGCCGCUGAGGCCUUGCAUUCAACUGGGCAGCCGGAAUGAAGCCAGCGGGCUGGUGGCCCCUGCGGUGCAGGAGAAAAAGGUGAAAAAGCGGGUGUCCUUCGCAGACAACCAAGGACUGGCCCUCACAAUGGUCAAAGUGUUCUCGGAAUUUGAUGACCCAUUAGAUAUUCCCUUUAACAUCACCGAGCUCCUAGACAACAUUGUGAGUCUGACGACAGCAGAGAGCGAGAGCUUUGUUCUGGAUUUUUCACAGCCUUCUGCAGAUUACUUGGACUUUAGAAAUCGACUUCAGGCCAACCAUGUCUGCCUCGAAAACUGUGUGCUGAAGGACAAAGCCAUCGCAGGCACCGUGAAGGUGCAGAACCUGGCAUUCGAGAAGAUUGUGAAAAUCAGAAUGACAUUUGACACCUGGAAAAGCUUCACAGACUUUCCUUGUCGGUAUGUGAAGGACACUUACGCUGGUUCAGACAGGGACACGUUCUCCUUUGACAUUAGCUUACCUGAGAAAAUUCAGUCUUAUGAAAGAAUGGAGUUUGCUGUGUGCUACGAGUGCAAUGGCCAGGCGUACUGGGACAGCAACAGGGGCAAAAACUAUCGGAUCAUCCAGGCUGAGUUGAAAUCCACUCAGGGAACCGUGGAGCCACAUAAUGGACCGGAUUUUGGAAUCUCCUUAGACCAGUUUGGAAGCCCUCGGUGUUCCUACGGUCUGUUUCCCGAGUGGCCUAGUUACUUAGGAUAUGAAAAGCUAGGGCCCUACUAUUAGUGACUGCAGUUCACAGGUGUGUGGCCCUGGUCACCAUGCAAUGGAGAAGCCAAGAGAAGAGCCGAAUGAACUGCUGUUAGGCCCAGUUUUCACAAAGAAAGAAUCCUGUCUAUUUUUUUUCUUAAACCAGCACAUUCAGCCAGGUUUAGAUCAUAGAACUGGUUUCUCAUUCAGAGGGUUCGCUGGGUCCUCUGUGGCACCCAAGGUGGCCACUUGGGAAUGAGCAGGAUGCUGCCAGAAAGAGUCGGGUAGGAACCAAGCCUGUGGGCAGUGUGGCGAGGCCGGAGGAGCCUGACCUCUUCUCUACACCCAGAUGUGGGAAGCAGUCACCCCCAUCAGACCCUCUCCAUCGACGUCUGGGUUCUCUGCAUCCGCCAGGUCUUUUCUGCUGCUGCUGUUCAUAUCUACUCAGAAGCACCCCUUAUCUCUGUGCUGUGACACAACAGCCUGACAUUAUGUCACCCAUUUGUAAUAACAGCUACAGAAGAGAGAUGGGAUCUGCUCAUUUUUUGUGCAAAUUAUGUUUUGCAUUUCAUUUUUUUCCACCGUUCAUCCAAUGUUCAGGAAAAGAUAAUAAAGGCUUGUGACAGAGGCAGGAAUUUCCUCCUCCCAUCUUCCUGAACCCACAUCCAUAUUCCACAGAGAGCAACACACCAUUAUGGAAAGUCACUGGCUCCUGUGUGGGGUCGCAGAUUGCAGGGUUAUUACAAGGCAGGACAGUCAUGAGUUUUAGCUUUUCUUCUUGGCUUUUGGGGGAGCUUUCUAAGCACUUACUUUCACCCCGAGUCACCAGAAGGCUCAAUGACAAGAUUUGUUUUCACUUGCUUGGCUGCUUUGCUAGCCUCAUUCUCUACAGAAGAAUUGUAGAUCUCAUUUCCUGGAGAGUCAUCUUUUAUGCUGUGUUUGGGACACUUGAUUUGCAGAUCCAGCAUAUCCUCAAAGCCUUCAGAAAAUGUUUGGUUUUAUUUUGACUGUGAUAUACAAUAUCCAGGACACUUUACAAGCACCCAGGGACAUUGAUUUGGGUGUUCUUAUUUAUGGUGUGUGAAUAUGUAAAGGGAUAGGGGAGAAAAACCUCACUACAUUCUCAUAUGUUAUUUUAAAUGUUUGCCAACUCUGAAAUAUCAGAGAUUAAUUAUUUUUAACCAUAUUGGACUAAAGCAUGUUGGUUAAUGCUAUUGUGAGACUCCUGGGACAUUCAUUGUCAGGUGGAUCCCCCAAACCUGUGAUUUUUUCUUGGGUAGGAUUGGUUUUUAAAUUAGGGGUGUAUGAAAAAUAUUUUUACAUGUAUAUUUGUAGAAAUCUGAAUUUUUUUUCUGGUUUUUGUUUGGUUUUGGAGUUGGGUUAAAAGACUGUUCAAUUCUCUUUUUUGCCUGAUUUUACGAAAGUGUACGUCGUUGCCUGGAUUCAGGGGCACAGCUGCUGGACUUGCCAAGCAGAGUCUCUUGCUUGAAUUUUUCCAGAAUAAUUAGAAACAACCUCCUGAUUUGUGACUUUGUACAUUGAUAUCAGGCAGACAUUGAGUGCCUUCGCUCCUAGAGUUUUGUGGUUGGGUUUUUUGUUUUGUUUUUAGUUUUUCAUUUUUGAACUUUAAAAUGUUUUGACUUUUUAAAUGCUCAGUGAUAUUUGGUAUAAUCCUUGUUCCUAAAACUGGCUGUUACUAGUCUUCAAUCUAGUGCUUUUUUUUUUUUUAAUGCCUCUUCCAAGUGGGUUACAUUCUGAUUACAUGAUAAUAUAAUUUAUGAGGAAGUCACAUUUUUAUUUUAUGGCUGAUAUUGGGCAAGACUGUGUUUUAUCUAAAUAUACCGUACUACAUCAGGUACUCAGAUGGUACUUGAGAUGUUACAAAUUUGGUGGUCAGAGCUAUUAAUAGCAUAAGUCUAAGUCAAAUGGCAGCAAAACUGAUCUCAUGUAGGUCAUGAAUUUUGCUUUGUGUUAAUAAGUGUCACGUCCCAAUGUAGGAAGGGAACAAGGCACACUGUUAUUUACAGGUCACCAAAAUAAGGAUCAUUCCAUGUUCAGAAGAAAGGGGCCUCAACUGGUUCUAGAAGAAAGCCUGUUUGGUUUUAUGUAAUAAUGAUCCUAAGACAUUCCCUUGUCAAAAUUUGAAAUAUAAUAAAUUCAGUGAUAAGCAUCUCUUCCCUUUUUUCCUCCCAGCCCACCUCAGCUUUUUUUUUGCUGGGGGGCAAUGGUUGCAAGCCCCCAGUCUGCACACCUGGGGUGCUUACCCCACCGCUCAGUUCAGAAGGCAAGUCCUCACCUGCUUUCCAAAGAGCCUUUUUCUCCAAUGAAAGAAUCUGCUUGCCUGACUUCUGUCAUCAGGGCUGUCAUUUAUUGGGGUAGAUGUACCUGAAGAACUGUGUGUGUCCUCAUUGCAGUCUUUCUCCAUUUGGCCUGGUCUGUCCCAUGAUUCUCAAAUGACCUCAAGAAUCUCACUGAGGGACUCUGCCCUGAUUUCAUAGCUCACCAUCAAUGGAUAAGGCUUAUACACUUCAGAGGGUGAUCAGUUCCUUAGAUGAAAAUUUCACUACAGCCUGACCUUUGGACUUCCCUUCACACAGCUCUUGGUUAUGGUGACGAAUAGCCCCAGUCGCAUUGUCCUUCCCAGAUUGCCCAGAAGGACCAACCACCUGCCAUUGUGCAGUUGUCCAGAACUGUGUUGUCAGAUGCAAUACUCUAGAAAUGGGGAAACAACGCCAUUUUUGUUUCAUAUUAUUUCCCAAAAUGCCCUGGGGUGCUUUUGCAAAUUGGAUGCAAUAAAUAAGAUGGACUAUCUA